AUGGCAGCCUUCGCCUCCCUCAGCAAACGGGACAUCAAUGUCCUGGGCAAGAUCAAGGACCCGGAAUCCAAUCCAACAGGAGCCGUCCGCUUGGAUGGUUCCCUUCCUAGAGACCCGCACGUGACCGACGCCCAGCAAUACGACCGCAUAAGCCGGGAGGAAAAGGAACUUGUCCUGCAGAUGCAACAGGCCGAGAUGGAACUCGCCGGAGUCCGUCCACAAUCGCUUGCUGAUCCCAUCCACACGUAUCGCCAAAGUGUCGAAAGUCUCGACUGUCUCAUCGCCAGCCACCCGAGCUAUGCGAGCGCCCGGAACAACCGGGCCCAGGCGUUGCGACGUCUCUACGGAGACGACAUGCUCCUGCAGCGCGACCAUUCCGAAACGACCAGGUCCCCUAGCAACGUUGCCAACGGUUCCCAACCUCUCCUCUGGGACGUGCCCGACAUCGAGGCAGAGCGAGCACAGGCUGCAGCCAUCGUGCUGGCCGACCUCGAACGCUGCAUAGCCCUCUUGGUGCCGUCGAACCCUGCGGCCGCCACGCUCUCGCCCACCGCCGCCAAGACGCUCUCCCUGGCCUUCACACAGCGCGCGGCCAUCUACUACGCCACCGCAAAGCGCAUUGGGCCGUCAACAAAGGUGAUCACACCCCUCUCCGCCACCGGCGAGCAUGGCGGCCGACCAGAGGUCCAGUGGACCAAGCUGGACUUUGAAGAGGCCGCGUCGCGUGACUUUGCCAUGGGUGGCCGCUUCGGCAACGAUAUUGCCCGCGGACUAGCCGUGGGCACAAAUCCAACCGCAAAGCUGUGCGGACAGAUGGUGCAGCAGAUGAUGAAGAACGAGUAUGGCUCACUGAGCUGA